AUGCCGAACCAGGAGACGCCAACCAAAAAACCGGACAGCGAGGCUGACAGACUGGAAAAACAGGGCCACAAGAGGGUUGGUCUAAAUGCCUGGGAAUUCAACGGAACGUUCAAAAAACCGCUGCUCGACGAUCCAGAGAGCAAGGAGCACAGUACGGCCACCAACUCGGGCGACAAGACUAGCGAAACCACCCAAGAGAAAAGUAAAUGA